AUGGAGCAAGCAUACGUCCGCUCAACUGCGGAGGUUCUAAGACAUUUCAAUGUCACUGAAUCAGCCGGUCUGUCGUCUGCGCAAGUCGCAGAAGCUCGGAAGCGGUAUGGAUGCAAUGCGCUCCCAGAAGAUCCCCCGACCCCUCUCUGGCAAUUGGUUCUCGAACAGUUUAAAGAUCAACUCGUCCUGAUACUUCUCGGUUCCGCUGCGAUAUCGCUUGUUCUGGCCUUAUUUGAAGAAUCUGAUGACUGGACUGCAUUUGUGGAUCCUGUGGUGAUCUUGACAAUUCUCAUCUUAAACGCAAUUGUGGGCGUCACGCAGGAAAGCAGCGCAGAAAAGGCGAUUGCGGCUUUGCAGGAAUACUCCGCAAAUGAAGCCAAAGUGGUUCGUGAUGGGCAAAUGCAAAAAGUCAAGGCAGAAGAGCUGGUUCCUGGUGAUAUUGUCACAAUUGCUAUCGGAGAUCGUAUCCCGGCGGACUGUCGAUUACUUUCAAUUCAGAGCAAUAGCUUUGCAGUCGAUCAAGCCAUUCUGACGGGCGAAAGCGAGAGCGUGAACAAAGAUUGCAAGCCCAUCAAAGAUGCGCAAGCCGUGAAACAAGACCAGAUCAACAUGCUCUUCUCCGGCACUACCGUGGUCACUGGACAUGCCGCAGCAAUCGUUGUUCUUACUGGAAGUUCCACGGCUAUUGGCGAUAUUCACGAGAGUAUUACCUCGCAGAUCUCUGAGGCCACGCCUCUCAAGGAAAAGCUGAACGACUUUGGCGACACUCUGGCCAAAGUCAUCACUGUGGUCUGCGUUUUGGUCUGGCUGAUCAAUAUCCAGCAUUUCAACGACCCAUCCCAUGGCGGUAGUUGGGCCAAAGGUGCCAUUUACUACUUGAAAAUCGCGGUCUCAUUAGGAGUGGCCGCCAUUCCAGAAGGUCUCGCCGUGGUCAUUACAACAUGCCUUGCUCUGGGGACGAGAAAGAUGGCAGCUAAGAACGCUAUCGUCCGAAGUCUGCCAUCCGUGGAGACUCUCGGAAGCUGCAGCGUUAUCUGCUCUGAUAAGACGGGUACUUUGACCACGAACCAAAUGAGUGUCGGAAAAAUUGUGUAUCUCAAUGAGUCCGGCUCCGAUUUGGAAGAAGUUGAAGUCAAAGGGACCACCUUUUCUCCUAUUGGCGAUCUCAUUUACAACGGGAAGAAACUCGACAAUCCUGCCGUCGAUUCUAGAACCUUGAAAGAGAUGUCGGAGGUUUUAGCUCUUUGCAACGAGGCUCACCUGUCCUAUGAUCCCAAAAACAACACUUUUUCCAGUAUCGGGGAGCCUACCGAAGGUGCACUUCGCGUUCUUGUGGAGAAAAUUGGAGCCGACGAUAUCUCGACAAACAACAUCCGAAAUGGUCUUUCCGGCGCUGACCGAGUCCAUUUUGCUAGUAAACACUACGAAACCAAACUCCCCUUGCAGGCAAUGUACGAAUUUUCGAGAGAUCGAAAGAGCAUGUCGGUUCUGGCUGGAACGGGCGAAGAGCAAAAGUUGUUGGUUAAAGGUGCUCCAGAGUCGAUUAUCGAACGAUGUUCCCAUGUCGUCCUUGGUUCGAAUGGGAAGAAAGUUCCCGUGACGAAGAAACAUUUGGGCCUCAUCGCCGAAGAAGUUGUUGAAUAUGGCCGAAAGGGUCUGCGUGUUCUGGCCCUUGCAACCGUGGAAAAUGUCAGCGGCAACGAGUUGCUUUGGAGCGCCAAGACCUCCAGAGAAUACGCUCAGCUCGAGCAAAACAUGACUUUGAUCGGUUUGGUUGGUAUGCUCGACCCUCCGCGUCCAGAAGUGGCAGCCUCCAUCAGAAAGUGCAAAGAAGCGGGAAUAAGGGUCAUUGUCAUUACCGGUGACAAUCAAAAUACUGCAGAGACGAUUUGCAAACAAAUUGGCGUCUUUGGCCAUGAUGAAGAUCUCACGGGAAAGAGUUACACCGGACGACAAUUCGAAUCUUUGAGUGAGGGUGAGAAAUUGCAAGCAGCAAAGACAGCAUCCCUAUUCUCUCGGGUGGAGCCUACCCACAAAUCUAAGCUUGUUGAUUUGUUGCAGGCCGCUGGGGAAGUCGUUGCCAUGACUGGUGACGGUGUCAAUGAUGCCCCAGCCCUUAAGAAAUCCGACAUUGGAGUUGCGAUGGGUACCGGCACCGACGUUGCUAAACUGGCUGCUGACAUGGUUCUCGCCGAUGACAAUUUCGCCACGAUUGAGAUUGCCAUCGAGGAAGGCCGCACCAUUUACAGCAACACCCAGCAAUUCAUCCGCUAUCUCAUCUCGUCCAACAUCGGUGAAGUAGUAUCCAUUUUCUUGACAGCCGCGCUCGGUCUCCCAGAGGCUUUGAUCCCAGUGCAACUCCUCUGGGUGAACCUGGUCACCGACGGUCUUCCAGCCACCGCCCUCUCAUUCAACCCGGCCGACCACGAUGUUAUGCGCCGCACACCCCGAAAGCGUGACGAACCGCUUGUCAGUGGGUGGUUGUUCUUCCGAUACAUGGUCAUCGGCACUUACGUGGGUGCCGCCACGGUAUUCGGGUAUGUGUGGUGGUUCAUGUUCUACACAUCCGGCCCUCAGAUCUCGUUUCACCAAUUCCGCAGCUUCCACAAAUGCUCGGCAAACGACCCAUUGUUCGCCGACGUGGAUUGCUCCAUCUUCUCCCCCAGCUCGAUCUCCACACGUACUGCUUCGACCGUGUCCCUGUCGAUCCUGGUCGUAAUUGAGAUGUUUAACGCGAUGAAUGCUCUGUCGUCUUCCGAGUCUCUCCUCACGAUGCCCCUCUGGAAGAACAUGAAGCUCAUUUACGCCAUUUGCCUGUCCAUGGCACUGCAUUUUGCGAUUUUGUACACUCCAUUCCUCCAAACACUGUUCUCGAUCGAACCGCUGAACUACACUGAAUGGACGACUGUCUUGUGGAUUUCCGCACCGGUCAUCGUCCUCGACGAGGUGCUCAAGGUUGUCGAGAGAACGUGUUUCCUCUGCACCGCACCGACAGUGAUCGAUGCCCAAUCUAGCAGUGGCAAAGAGGGGAAUGGGUACAUUGCCAAUGGAAAGGUCAAGGCAAAUUGA